CGGUACUAGAGAUCCAAGUAGUGGACAGGGAGGGUUCGGAAGCGCGCGCGAGCCAAGCGAUGGAGGCGAAAUUCGCGAUCCAAGCAACCGAGAGCCUAGUAACCGCGACCCGAGUGGCCGUGAGCCCAGCGGACGCGGGAUGAGCGGCGGUGACCCCGAAAGCGAUCCCUUCAACUCUGGUUUCGAACGUGCUCCGAGCGGCAGAGAGCCCAGCAACCGAGACCCUAGUGGCAGAGAGCCCAGCAAUCGCGACCCUAGUGGCAGAGAGCCCAGCAAUCGCGACCCUAGUGGCAGAGAGCCCAGCAAUCGCGACCCUAGUGGCAGAGAGCCCAGCAACCGCGACCCGAGCGGCAGAGAGCCCAGUAACCGCGACCCUAGUGGACGAGAGCCUAGCAACCGCGAUCCUAGUGGCCGAGAGCCCAGCGGACGUGCGAUGAGUGGCGGCGACCUUCUCGAAGACGAAGGUGGGCUCGGCCCGAGCAAUCGAGAAGCCAGUGUGCGCGGUUCGAGUAGAAGAGAUCCGAGUGGGCAAGGGGGCCUUGAUGACGUUUCUCGGGACCCCAGCGCGCGGACGCCCAGCGGCCGGGAGCCAAGUAACGCGUUCGGCAGCCAACUCGAGGGCUUCAACCAGUUCGGAAGUACAGCUAGAGACCCUAGUGGCCGGCAGCCAAGCAAUGCUGCCGGGAGCCAGCUCGGCGACGGUUUCAACGAAUUCGGGAGCACCGCGCGAGACCCGAGCGGCCGGGAGCCAAGCAACGCGGCUGGGAGCCAACUCGACGCGGGGUUGAACCAGUUUGGGAGCACUGCGAGAGAACCUAGUGUCCGGGAUAGUGAGCGACCGCAAAGCCAACUGCAAGAUGGUCUCAACCGGGGCGACAGUGGGAGGCAGGAGAGCUUGCGGCAGUCGAGCAGGAGAGAUCCCAGCGGCCUUGCCGAUGAUGCCGACUUUGCCCGAGAUAGUUCCCGUCGAGCUAUUCCAAGCCGCGGCUCUGCGCUCGGUAGUCAGCGGGAUUCGGCUCGCUCGGGCAGCCAGCGCGGGUCUGGUGCAGUACCCGGGAGCGAGCACGAGGCCCUGGACCACCUUCCCGGCUCGGUCGCGGGCCAACCAGCAAGUCAAGAUGACAUCCCGCCGCGCCGCAGCACCGCCGCACACAAUCCCAACGUGCGAGACGACUUGCUGACGACCAUCGAGCAGGUCGUCGGUAUCGUGGAACGCGACGAGGGCUUGCCGCUUCCGCCACUGCAGUACUUGCUCUUUGACAGCUUGGAUCCUUAUGCCGACGCGUACUUGGAUACGCUGCGGGCGUACGCCGACGCGCAGCGGCUGUUUGCGCCGCCGGAAAAGGGAACGCCGCUGGUCCCCGCCGAUGCGUUGUUCGAGUUGGAGCGGUACGCUAGAACGUUAGAUGCGGACGCCGUGCACAAGGGUUCGCACCCGGGCUACUUAGCGGCCUUGCGAAACCAGCUGCGCAAGCAACAGUACGUGUCGGCGCCGCCGCCACCGAGGGUGCGGAAAGACCGCGCGGGCCAGGGACCCGACGAAGCUGGGCGGCUUGCGGGUACGGGCGCUUUCCGCCCGCGUCCGCACUUGAUUCCGGAAAACAUGGACGCCGACAUGUGGGCGCGGGCCAACCAGGUUAGUGGCGGCCUCCUCGGGGCCGAGGCUUUGUUGCAGGAUUCCGGCGGCGACCGGCCGCGACCCAAGGGGCCGGUGCGGGACGCCGGGUUUCCGCAGGGCAUUUCUGCACCCACGAACUUGAUGCUGCAGACGUCACCGUCCCUCGCAGAAGCAGAAAUGGAGAUCGAUCGGAUCCUGAAAAGCCCACCGGGCUCGCCGCAGCGCGACCCGAUGACGGUCUGGCCUCACGCACUGCCACGAAUAAAGCUGAAGGAGGUGUCCAACGCCCGUGACCUGCACUGGAAAGCCGGACAAGCCAUGUCGAAAGCUCGGGACAAGAUCGUGUCGCCCGUCGGCACCGGGCCGAACGAUACCGGGACCGAGCGGUACAGCAAAGUGCAAUCCGGGGAGGAGAUUGAUGAGUACCUGCGGAAGAAAGGUUUGGUCGCCGAUUACGACGGCAGCGGCGAUCUUUCCCCCCGACGGCUGUCGCCCGAGAUGGUUGCGUCCCUGCGGAGGCACGGCGUGGAGCGCAGAGACUUUAAAGACCGCAUGCUCGUCCUCUCCCCGCGAAGGGGCGAAUCCCCGUUCGGCGUGAAAAAAAUCGUGGAUUCUCGGAUCAUGCGGGGCCAGAUCAUCAUCCCGGAUAUGGAACACUCUGUUUCCCCCAAACCCUCGCCGCCGUUUUCCGAGCAGUUGGCGCAGAUGCACAAAAACCUGGAGGACGAAAUGGAAAAAAUGGUGAUGGGGUACGCGAAAUCCCCCACGGACCCGGAAAGGUACGUGCGCAUGAACCUCGCGACCGCCGGGGACAUGAAAAUCGCCGAUACCGAGGCGGAUCCGGCGGCGAUGAACGCCGAAUUCGAUGCGGACGGUAACCGGCUGGUGAAAAGGUCAAGUGUUCCUUCCUCCAGCAUGACAGCGCAGGAGGACGCGAUGGUCAAAAACAUCGUGGACGUCGCGCAGGGCGUUCUUAUCGGAAAGCACGGCGACCAGGAAUACUUGUUGCACUCACAGAACGUGGACGACAUGGUGCACAACAAGAAUGACUCGUCCUCCGGUGGUGGUGGUGUUCCCGCAGUGGACCCGCACCUGCAGGAGGGGAGUGAAGCUGACGCAGCACAACUGGCGAGGGGAACGACAUUUUCAGAUCCGCGCAGUCAGAUGGCGAAUCGGGCGGCAUUAACAGAAGAUCGCGGUGUGGGUUCUGGGCUAGCCUUUGACAACAUCAUCGACCGCGCAGUCGGGGCUUCCGGCAUGGGCGAGAAUAUGGUGGACCGGGGAGUGGGGUCCGGACUGAUACGACAUAGCGGUGGUCGCCUGAGCAGCGAGGUAGUUGCGCAGCGCAUGGGCCACGGUCCUGGUGGUUUGCACGCGCACCACGUCGGAAAUCUGUUGGACCGCGCAGACGCCGCAAGACACCGAGCUAACAGUCCACGGGAUACCUUGCAGGCGGAGAGAGAAGCAGAAGAGCUUUAUGCUGAGCGCCAACGCCUGGCGGGCGGUCCCGGUGGUUUGCACGCGCAUCACGUGGGAAACUUGUUGGACCGCGCAGACGCCGCGAGACACCGAGCUAACAGCCCGCGAGACACCCACCAGUACGACAAAGUGCUGAGCCAAGUCGAUCCCCCGCGCGACACAGAAGAAGAGUUUUACGUGCGCCAGCGCCUGGCUGGCGGUCCCGGCGGCUUGGGUGCACACCAUGUCGGAAAGCUAUUGGACCGCGCGAACGCCGCAAGAAACCGGGCCAACAGUCCACGCGACACCCACCAGUACGAAAACAAGGUAAUCAGUCAGCUCGAUCCCCCACGCGACACGGACCAGUUUGGGAACCUCGUCAGUGGCCUCAGCGACUCCAUCGGGGCGGCGGUCAAGAGCCCCGUGGCACAAGCGGUGCUGCAAGGGACCAAUUACCAAAGUCCGACGGUGACGCAGAACCAGGUCAACCCCGUGGGGCUGUUUGAAACCCUGCAGCCGCACCGGCAGCUGGGCACCCGCGCACGACCGCAGGCCGGGCUCCACGGGCACAUGUACUCACCGCUGUCUCCCGAAGGGAACUACCGCAGGAUUCAAGCCAUCAAGGGCAAGCAGGCGGAAGCGCGCUACCUGGCGCGCCGGCCGCCGCCGCCAAGCGGGAUCGGCGGGGAUCCGACGACCCAGUCGAAUGCUACGGAGGAUUGGAGAUCGGGUCCCGAGCAGGAACCACCAGCUGGAGGUAGUUCAUCGGGAGGUGGAGCCGCUCCGGCGGAGCAAUCCGAACAACCGGUGGAAUUACAAAAGGAUCAGAGCAACGAAGCACAGCAGGGAGCAGCACCCGGUCCCCCGGGAUCCACCGCAGACAUGCGGAGUAACGCGGAGGCGGAGCAACAGCAACAGCAGACCAUGCUGUUUUACGAGGAAAAAUCCUCCCUUUUGAUGCGGACAAAGAAGCAGCGGGAAAAGGCGGAGUUGCAAAAACGCAAGAAGAACCAGUCGGCGGUGGAACCGGAGAGAGCAACUGCCCCGUCGGCGCCCGCGCUGGACGUCCUGGACUCCCCGGCUGUGAAUUCAGAGAAUUCGCAUUCGCUACAAGAGCUGCGAGAGGCGGGGGGCGUGAAGGGGAUAUCGGGCACGUUUAACAGCCUGCCCGGACCCUCGAAACUUCUCGCAAGGGCCUCCAGGCAUAUGAUGAACAAAAAAUUGCAAGGUCUGCAAGGGGAGGAGAAAUAGGAGCGUAGUGACAACGGAGAUGGACAUGAUGAUGGAAGAAUAAGAUCGCGGUUUCAACGUGACAUAGACUUCGACAGAAACUUACAGAUGCAGAAAUUUUGUUGACAUUAUUUCGAAUUUAUCUACUAGCGUAUCUUCAUGUACCAAGUAUCAGAAAGUAGUCGUUAUCAACAGAAGAAUCCGAGGCAGGAAGCCGUAUGCCAAAUCCGGACGAAACGGGACAGGCAAAAGCUUCCGGGUGCUAGACUGUUGAUUCCGAACUGCUUUAUCGGCGAUAUUGCAUGCAGGAAAACGAUGACGAGAAGUGCAACCUGAGAAAUGAAAAUUAACAUUGUACAAUCUGCCGUCAGGCUCAGGCUCAUCGAGUCCAAUCGUCUCAAAGUCUUGUAAAAAUGUGGUUUAACAAAAUUGAAAUGCACAGAAAUGCGGUACUAAGUAAUGCAAGUGUACAAUAUCGAAUUCGAAACAGUGAAAAUUAGCGGUAAAAAUGCCAGGGUGCAAAUCCAAUAUCACCAUUCAAUAGCGCAGAGCUUGAGUGCCUUUUCGAGGAGCUUCUGCACACAGGUAACCGAAACGUUUGAUAUUUUGACAUGCAAUUCACCGGAAUCACUUAUUUUCAUUUCUUCGUGUUUUCAACUUACGGUACUGUACAGACAGACAUAUUUCAAUAACCGAGAAAGUGUUGAGCAGUAGCAGCUCAGCCAAGAGCAGCACUGUACAGGCCGCUGCUGCAGCUGCUGGUCUUUCGUGGAAACUUUAGAUAUUGCAGAAACUUUAUCCAACGGAAUUUUCAACCGGAAACUUUAGAUAUUGCAAUGCAUGGAAUUUUCAACUGGAGCAAACGGAUACCUAGUAAAACUCAAAUCUUUUAAAACUGUGCGAACAAACUGAUUCUGUGAGGAUAUGGAGAUUGAGACAGAAUUGAGUUCGUUGUUGAAAACUAAAACUAAAAGCAGUAAAGACGGAACAUGAAAAUAAAAA